AUUUAUAAUCUACAGAGUGGCACUUUUGAUUCCUUUAACCAACACUAUGGAAGAAGCCUGGUUAAAGACACUGUUAAAGAUGGCUUGGCAAAGUUCUUCGAUAACGGAGUUUUUUUGAGGAAAGAUGCCAUUUGGGCCAGCAUGCACAGGGUGCGACAGAUUCUCCACUGGUUCACUUCCCAAAACCAGCUGGCCUUCUACGCCAGCUCUCUUCUGUUUGUGUACGAGGGCCAGCCCUCCUCUUCCUCUUUUCCUUCCCUCCUCAGAAACCCGUCAGUCGAUGACGCUGUGAUGAAAACAGCCAAGCUGUUGCUUAUGAGUGAUAGUGGUCAGGGCCAGGAAGAGGAAGCCAAUCAGGAGGGUGCGAGGGCGGAAAAUGAAGGGGCGGAGCACAACAACAACACAGAGGAGGCCACUAACUACACCAAUCAGAGGAAAACAGGGUAUCACCUGUGUGGGAGGGAUUAUCACCUCAACAACAGUGUAGAUGCUCAGAUAACGACCACCUCAGAGUCAGGAGGUCUUGCCUCAGCACCCUGUGAAGAAGACAACACAAGUCAACAAACUGUUGAUCAGAAACAAUCACCGAAUAGAAACCGAGACAAAUCAGCCCUGACAGGAAACGACGCAGAGGGAGAGAGGAAGAGAAGCAGCUGGACAGAGGAGGAAGGCUUGAAAGGAGGUAGAGGUCCAGAGAACACAGAGGACUUGGAGGUGGAGGUCAGGAUGAUUGAUUUUGCUCACGUGUUCCCGAGCGACAGCCAUGAUCACGGCUACGUCUACGGACUGAAGCACCUGCUGACGGUUCUGGAGCAGAUCCUGUGUGACGCGGCGCAGAGCUCGCGCUCUUCUACCUCCUGACUGGCUCCUCCAGAGUCACAAAACUUCAUAUAGAAAUAUGAAAAGUGAGCCAUCGUCGACACCAUCAGGACCACCGCUGGUUGUGAUGUUCUGUCAGACGUCUGUGUGGAUCUGUGAGCAGAGUGAUCACUCCCUGUCCUCUGGUAGAUUUAUCACCCAUGUUGUGGUUUAUUCCUGCUAACAUCCUUCAGACCCUACUAGGUUUGGGUGAAUGGAUGAAAACUUCCACCAUUGGAGUUCAUUGACUGCAUUUUUUGUUUGUUUUUCUCUUAAUUUUAGAUUUAAAUCUUGUU